UUCUGAUGCCUGCUGCUCAUUAAAGGGAUAUUUAACAAAGACAAGGCUGAAAAUGGGGACGUCCACUGUGCUGUUGGUGCUGCUGGCAGUGGCUUCACAAACUGUGGCGAAGCCAAAAAAUCGUUUCACCCGCUAUCCAUCAUGGAACACUAAGAUGUACCCAGUCUGGAAAGAUGGAGACCCGCGAUACAAAGACGCCUGGAAUGGUGGAAGAGUGACCUUCAACGUGGGGAAUGAUUCACCAACGCUGACUGGAGCCAGAGUUACCUUCACCAUUGACCUGCAGUUUCCCCAUAACCAAAAGGUGCAGCCUGAUGGAGAUGUGGUCUGGGCUGAAGACUGCAUAGUGAAUGGAACAAAGCAUUUGGAGUCCGAGCCAGUGUACCCAAUACAGAGCACAGACUGGGAAGCUGUUUUCCCGGACGGCUCACCAAUUAAGAAGGACAAGAAGCCGAGUUAUGUGUUCGUCUGGAAGACCUGGGGUCAGUAUUGGCAGGUGGCAGACGGCCCCUCUUCUUCUCUGACCAUCGGUACAGACGACAUCCCCCUGGGCUCCUACAGCGUAGACAUUGUUAUCUACCACUACCGGAGCAAAGAGAAGUUCAUUCCUCUGGGAUAUGCCUCCACGCAGUUUUCUAUCACAGAUCAAAUCCCCUUCGCGGUCUCCCUGGACCAAGUGAACGACAUUAUGGCUGGGGACAUGCGCUUCGUCCAAAACAGGGCGAUCGCCUUCACCAUCACCCUCCAUGACCCGAGCGAGUACCUCAGCAACGCAGACAUCACCUUCAACUGGGACUUUGGCGAUGAAAGUGGAGCCCUCAUAUCCAGAGAGCUGACUGUCACUCACACCUACAUCAACUCUGGCUCCUUCAAGCCUCAGGUGGUGAUCCAGGCGGUCAUCCCCGACAAGGCCUGCGACCCACCAUCUCAAGCACCAACCAAAGCCCCACAUGCUGACCAUGGCACCACAGUGAAAGCUCCUGCAUUAGCGUCCGCUGUUCCCCUGCUGGUUUCCACCAAGUCCGUUGGUCUGAAUGUCAACAUGGUUCCCUCAGACACUGAGGAGGACAACACAGAGGAUGAGGCCUCCACCGCCACAACUACUCAACCAUCACAGGAAACGCUCAAAGUGGUGAAGACUCCAUCUCCCAUCAACCAGCUGCCAGUUGAGAGUGAGGCACAGAACAGACUGGCAGCUUAUGCAAAGCAAACAGUGAUGCUGACAGGACGAGCCAGAGUUGUUUUAGUAGCUAAGAGGGAAGCAGAUGAUAAACCCUCCGAUGAUGACUGCGUGAUAUAUCGAUAUGGCUCCUUCUGCACUGGCAUUGAAGUAUUUGAGGGCAUUGAAAAAGUGGAGAUAGUACAAAUGGAGAAUUCUGUGAUGAAAAUUCCCGGUAAAAGCCAAAAUGUUUUGGAUAUCACUGUUACCUGCCAGGGAAGCCUCCCUAAAGAGGUGUGUAGUGUGAUCCUGGAUGCAGAGUGCUUGAGGCCGAUUCACACAUCCUGCAACAUGGUGGAGCCCUCCAGAGAGUGCCAGCUGGUGUUGCGUCAUCUCUUGAAUGACUCCGGUGUCUACUGCAUCAAUGUUUCUAUGGCCAAUGACGUCAGUUUAGCCGUCACCACGGCUAAAGUCAAUGUUGACAUGGAUUCAGGCCCAUCUUCUUCUGGUGCCGUCGCCAUGCUGCUGGGCGCCCUGGUCCUCAUUCUAGUAGCAGGAACAGUGGCAUAUUCCUACAAGCGCUUUAAGUCCUACCGUCCUCUAAAGGAAGACAUGACAGCAUCUGGAGGAUCGGAGCUCAGUGGUGCUCACAACUGCUCCGGAGCCUCAAUGUUCUGGAAGCUCCUGAGCAGACGAGGAACCGUCGACAACUGUCCUCUGCUGCAGGACAGGCCAGUGUGAACCAUCAAUGACGGCCAAAUACAAAACCUAGCAGCAUCUGAUUUUCAAGGGGUUUUUUUUGUUUUGUUUUUUUUAUACUUUUUUAAACAUAUUUUUGAAUUACAAACUUCACAAAUGUGUAUUGUUUAGGAUUAAAUAUCAAAAGGAUAUAAAUCAAAAGAUCUCCUGGAAUUAUAUUAUACAUUAGACAUGUUCUGAUUUUUUUUUGUACCUACUUGAAACCAGUUUGUUAGACAUGAAUUUGAACAAAACUGAAUUUGAAUUUUUUUUCCAAUAAACAUUGGUCAAUGA